AUGGCAACACCGUGGAGGUCUCUGAGAAUUUCGGUCAACAAAGUAUUCAAAUCAAGUCCUUAUAAGCAAUCGAAUGUGCCGAGGCAAACUUUAUUACCGGCUGCAGAACUGAUAGAAGAAGAGUGCACUCCACGUUAUAAGCCAGACCACUAUUACCCUGUCCGCCUCUAUGAUAUUCUCAACGACAGGUACCAAAUCACUGCCAAACUGGGUUGGGGAACCAGUUCAACAGUAUGGUUAGCUCGUGAUUUGAAUCGAUGGCGCUGGUGUUCAGCACGCUACGUUGCAGUCAAAAUCAAGGCAGAUAACUAUGCAACAAAGGAAGACGCUGAAAGGGAACUUCGAAUUACUGAAAAAAUUACGCGCGCAAAUCCACGACAUGUAGGCCGGAACUUUGUUAACACGUUGCUCGAUUCCUUUAAUUUACCAAGUCCUCAUGGUCCUCAUGUUUGCAUGGUGUUUGAUCCAUUGUGUGAGCCUCUAUGGAUGCUUAGACGGCGGUUUCAAGGGGAUGUGCUUCCAUUGGACGUUCUCAGACCUGUUGCCAAAUUGAUUAUGGAAGGGCUUGGCUAUCUCCACUCUGAAUGUGAGGUCGUUCAUACAGACUUAAAAUCCGACAAUGUUCUCAUGGCUCUCCGUGACCACUCCAUACUUGAUAGAGUGUCUCAGGAUGAAGUAAAAGAACCACUGCCUCAGAAACAGCUCGAAGACCGAACAAUAUACCUUUCGAGAAAUCACUUCGGCGUGGAAGCAAACAGCUUGGGCAGACCAGUGAUCACUGAUUUCGGACUGGCUGUGGAAGGGUCUCAGACUCAUUACCAUCCCAUUCAACCAGAUAGUUUCAGGGCCCCAGAGGUUAUUCUUGGAGCAGGUUGGAAGUACAGUGCCGAUCUAUGGAACCUGGGUGCUUUGCUUGUGGAACUAGCCCACGGCAGUGGUCCUUUUGAUGGACCAGACUCUAAUCACUCUACCUUCACGGAGGAAGCUCAUCUGGCUCGCAUUAUAUCGGUACUUGGACCUCCACCUGUGGAUGUGCUUCAUGAGGCGAAGUAUGCUUCUCGAUAUUUUGAUACUGAAGGCAAUUUCAAGCAUCCAGGGCUGAUCCUAGAGAGUGGAGGACUUGAAAAAACUCUUCGCAACGUUGAAGGUGACGAUAAACAGGCCUUUAUUAACGUAAUAUCGCGAAUGCUGCGGUGGAAAGAAGAUGAGAGGGAUACUGUGCAAGGGUUACUGUCGGAUCCUUGGUUUCGGGGGCUGUAG